GACUUCCAAAUCCCGUUCCUCUUUCAACCAGCCUCCAAGAUGCCCACCAAGGCGACCAAAACUAGGAAGCUCCGAGGACAUGUCAGCCACGGACAUGGUCGUAUUGGCAAGCACAGAAAGCAUCCUGGAGGUCGUGGUAAUGCUGGUGGUAUGCAUCACCACAGAAUCAACUUCGACAAAUACCAUCCCGGGUACUUUGGUAAGGUGGGUAUGAGACAUUACCAUCUGAAGAGAAACACCACCCACUGCCCCACCAUCAACUUGGACAAGCUGUGGAUGCUGGUGAGCGAGCAGACCAGGCUCAACUACGGCAAGAAGCCCGACGGACCCACACCCAUCAUCGAUGCUGUGCGCGCUGGUUACUACAAAGUCCUGGGCAAAGGCAAGCUGCCCAAGCAGCCUGUGAUCGUCAAGGCCAAGUUCUUCAGCCGACGGGCCGAGGAGAAAAUCAAGGCAGUGGGAGGAGCCUGUGUGCUGAUGGCAUAAUGUUCCUGUCAGAUUGAUUUUGCAAAAAUAAACUGUAUAAAUGGAA